CUGCGACGUGACGCUACACCGUGUUGAUUACGUCACUUCCGGGGCGACAGGUUUACGCUUCUUGCGCCUAAGGAAGGGCGUUUGGCUGUUUUUGCCCGGGAAGGAGACCAGUAAGGAAUUAUCUAUAAAGUAUGCUAAUAUUGAACAAGACAGGAGUUUUUUCUAAACUAUCAAAAAGGAAAAUUUAUGAAUUUUUAAUAAGUUUUAACUUUCAUCCCGGAAAACUAUUUCUUCAUAAACUAGUAUUGGGAAUUGAAACCAGUUGUGAUGAUACAGCAGCUGCUGUGGUGGAUGAAACUGGAAAUGUUUUGGGAGAAGCAAUACAUUCCCAAACUGAAAUUCACUUAAAAACAGGUGGGAUUAUUCCUUCAGUAGCUCAACAACUUCACAGAGAAAAUAUUCAACGAAUAGUGCAAGAAGCUCUUUCUGCCAGUAAAGUCUGUCCAAGUGAACUUUCAGCAAUUGCAACUACUACAAAACCAGGACUUGCUUUAAGCUUGGGAGUAGGCUUAUCAUUUAGCUUACAACUGGUCAGGCAGUUAAAAAAGCCUUUCAUUCCCAUUCAUCAUAUGGAGGCUCAUGCACUUACUAUCAGGUUAUCAAGUAAAGUUGAAUUUCCUUUUUUAGUUCUUUUGAUUUCUGGGGGUCAUUGUCUCUUGGCAUUAGUUAGAGGAGUUUCAGAUUUUCUGCUUCUUGGAAAGUCUUUGGACAUAGCGCCAGGUGACAUGCUUGACAAGGUAGCAAGAAGACUUGCUUUAAUAAAACAUCCAGAGUGCUCCACCAUGAGUGGUGGGAAGGCUAUAGAAUAUUUGGCCAAACAAGGAAAUAAAGUGCAUUUUGAUUUCAUACCUCCCAUGCAACGUGCUAAAAAUUGUGAUUUUUCUUUUUCUGGACUUCAAAAUGUUAUUGAUAAGAUAAUACUGCAAAAGGAAAAAGAGGAAGGUAUUGAGAAGGGGAAAAUCCUGUCUUCAGCUGCAGACAUUGCUGCUGCAGUGCAGCACACGACAGCAUGCCACAUUGCAAAAAGAACACACCGUGCUAUUCUGUUUUGCAAACAGAGAGACUUGUUAUCUCCAAGUAAUGCAGUGCUCGUUGUAUCUGGAGGCGUUGCAAGUAAUUUAUAUAUCCGGAAAGCCCUGGAAAUGGUAACAAAUGCAACACAAUGUGCUUUGUUGUGUCCUCCUCCCAGGCUGUGUACUGACAACGGCAUUAUGAUUGCAUGGAAUGGUAUUGAAAGAUUGCGUGCUGGCUUGGGCAUUUUAUACAACACAGAAGGCAUACGCUAUGAACCAAAAUGUCCCCUUGGAGUAGAUAUAUCAAAAGAAGUUGGAGAAGCUGCCAUAAAAGUACCACGAUUAAAAAUUAUGAUUUAAGUUUUACUUUUCAAAAAUCCCUAAAGAAACUUAAGUUCAUAAUGAAACUGACAAGAAGGAGGCAAAAUCAUCUGAAUAUAUGCCUGAGGAACUUUGCCGUUACUUCAGCCCUGUUUCUGCUGUGGGAAUUUGGCAUAGUUUUGAGUAAGUCCAAAAGUUCAUAUGUCAAGGACAUGGUGUUCCUGGUUGGCUUAGAACUCUCAAAUGUACCCCAGCUUACCCCCAAAUGGCUUCCUGGAUCAGACUUAGAGGCAACCAGUCUCCCAAAAACUUGUCUGCAUUCACAGUUCUGUUGCUAAGUUGAAAUUAAAACAGGCAUUGGCAAUGGACAUUUAGAGUGAAGUUUUUCUCUUGGUAAACAAUUCAUAUGAAGAGUUCCCUUUGUUUGAUCUUCCUUCAACUUCCUUAAAAUUUCCUCUAUCAAUAAUUUCACUACUGCAAAUUCAAACAGAAGCACAGUACCUUAAGGAAGGAAGUCCCAC